AAAAGUAUUUUUUGUGAUUUUUAUUUUUAAUUUUUAAUUUUGUACCCCAUUCCCUAAAACCUGGAUCCGCCACUGACCUGCGGGUUACAAUGUGGAGGGGCACAACGUAAAAAAAGUGAAAUAAGGAGGGUUAUUGUGUAGAAAAACCCUAAAAGAUAGUUUUAGGCAAAUUUUUCGUUUAUAAAUAAACCCAUUGAAUUGUUCUGUUAAGGAAAAAAAAAGGGGUGAACAUGCAUAGCCCUGCCUAAGUGCCUCGUCAUAUUGCCGCUCUCUCUCUCAGUUCACCAUUGAAGCGCACUCACAUCGCACUUGACGUUGUCUAUCGAGGCCUUCUGAUACUUGUAUUCCCUAUCGAAGCUGAUUCUGAGGUUAAAAACCUAUGGAUAGAUCUUUCAUCUAUUUGGAGUUUGAUGUAGAAAGACGAGAAUAUAACUUUGAAUACUUUGCUGAAAGUGCCGGCUCAGGGUUCAUGGUUGGCACCUUGGGCGGGAGUUUCUGCCACUUCUUCAAGGGUUUCGCCCAUAGAGCACCGUCAAUCAGAACAAAAUUUGGUGGCGGAAUCAAUGCAAUGCGUUUUAACACUUUACGCACAGGAGGAUUUUUUGCUAGUCUUUUCUUGGCAAUUGACAUUCCGUCUUAUCUCUUUUAUGAAUACCGUGGUCAGAGGACCGUUUGGACGGAUAAAGCAAUCUCACUCGCCAUUGGUGGUGCUACCAUGUGGGCACCUCGUGGUAUUCGUUCUGCCUCAAUCGCUGCCCUCACGUCUGGUGGCAUCUAUACUGUUAAUCAAGGCAUUAAGGUUGUGCUAAAAAAUGCCGAGCCCGAGUAUAAUGAGGAGAGAAGCCAUCACUCGCUUUUCAUCCAAGUCAUGUGGAGUGCAUGGGAUUCCAUAGCUUCAAGGAUUAGGUAUAACCGUCUACGAACUAGCAGGCCAAGCCAUGGUGAUUGGUGAUACAAGUCAUUAUUUGUUGCAUGUUUAUUAAUUAGUACCUACUUAUUAUACUUAAUAUUAAUUUAUUAUAAUAAUUUCCUUAGCUUGAUUUGGAUUAUCAAUUUAUCACAGUACACCGUUGUAUAACAACACCUCAUAAUCUACUAAUCUAACAUUUGUAUUAUACCAUCUAUCAUCUAACAUUUAUAGCUAGUAUAUCUUGUAAAUUUGAUACGUACUGUAUUCAAUUUCUGAUUUAAGAUCUGAUAUGACAAAU